AUGAAGGCGUUACAAUCGAUCGUGCUGGUCGCCCUGGCUGGCUGUGCCCACGUUACGAUGGCUUCCGACCCUACCUACUACGCUUGCUACAGUUCUCCCGGAAAGUUGGUGGAGAAAGGGGAUCUCGAGUUCAACUCGCGUGGAGAUUGCCAUGAGCGUUGUGUGACGACCGAGGUGGCCGCUGGAGGAGAUGGAUAUGCUGUCAUGGCCAUGACAAAGCGCACACUAUGCUACUGUGGAAACACAUUGCCCAACGACUCACUAAAGGUCGAUGACUCCAAGUGCAAGCAGGCGUGUCCUGGAUUCGAUUCGGAGACUUGUGGUAGUCGGCUAGGGGAAUACUUUUCGGUCUAUACGACCGGUCUCGAGGAUGACCCCGAUAUGGACGAGGCCCCGUCUUCGUCCGUGGCGAGCACGUCCAAGACCAGCUCCUCAUCCGACCCAACAACAACCAGUACCACUACUAGUGCUAGUCCGACCACCACGGGUGAUUCGGAACAACAGACAUCCACACCGGAAAAGUCAACCAACAAGGCCGCAGUUGCAGCUGGCGCUGUAGUCGGAGUCCUCGCAAUCAUUGCCCUCGGAGUGGGUGUGUUCAUAUUUCUCAGGCGACGAAGGAGGCAGGAAGUGGAGGAGGAGUACAGGAGGUCUGCUGCGGUCAGAGGCUUCGUUCAGAAACCCGCAUUGGACAAUCGACUCGAUCCCGUCAUGGUACAGAGGAGAGACUCCGUUGGAAGUAUCGCAGACAACCAGGACUACUCGCGAAAGAUCCUCAGGGUAUAUAUCAACUCCUCUCCACCUCGGUCGCCGAUCGAACUCGGCUCUUGA